UGAUGGCAGACCCAGAAGCUACACGUCAACAAUUUCUCACAAGCGUUUCGUGUAGUUGUGUCGUCCCGUGUUAAAGUAAGGAUUUCACGUAUCUGAUUUUCGAUGUAAGGGAACGGGAAGUAGAGCUAGAGUAACGUUAAAGUUGUAGAAAAAGCAAAGCAAACAAAUUUUCACUGCAUGGCGAAACAUCGAUCUUGAAAAUGAAUUUCACCUUUACCAAAGAGGAUGACCCGGUGUGUUUCGCCGCCGAGGGGACCUGUCCCAUCUGCUUCGAUAUGAUUCAGGGAGACGCGAUCGAAACGAUCUGUUGCGGGAAGCUUCUCUGUACCGGGUGUAGUGAGAAAUGCGGGCAAAGGGCCACUUGCUUCAAUUGCCGGGCUCCUGUGGCGACGACGGCGGGCGAAUUUGAGCUGUCGGGGUUCUUUGGGUUCCAGAAGAAUCAUUUCGCGACGCGCAUGUUGCAACAGGAAGAAGUGAAAUGCACCUGGUGCGGACAUAGGGGCACCCUGCAAAAGAUGUCCUGCAGCGGGCACAUCAGCGAAAAACACUACCGGUUCUGCCAGGCUCCCUGUCCGAAGAUGAUUCGAAAGUGUCCCCACGCCGGUUGCGAGUAUGAGGGUGAGCUUUCGGCACUGAAACAGCACCUCGCCUGCGACUGCGAGAAAGGCUACCGAAUGCUGGACCAGGAGGCGCUGGACAUGUGCGGCGGAAUCGAGGGCUUGGAGCGGCAAGUGAAACAGAUACACACGCUGCUGGUCACCUUAAAGCCCCCGGUUCCGCCGGAUGCCUUCGCCCUCACGUUGAGUCACUACGACACGAAAAUCACGUCGAGCACGUUUGCCCGGAUGUUUCAGGGCCGGAAUUUCUUCAAAAAGCCGGCGACGAACUACUUUGUAGAGCUCGACGAGCAACAUACCAGUAGUUCAGCGCAGAGCUGUUUCGUGCCUUCGUGUAAAGAGCUGGUCGACCUCAAUCGCCUGCUCGAUCCCGUCUUCAUGUAUGCUCCCCUCGGCGACGAUCGACCCGACGGUCCCCGGUUGCCGAAACUUUUGCGACAAGGGUACGAGCAGGUCGUGCGGUUGUUUGUGGUGGACGACUACAAUUGUGACAUUCCCCUGCAUAUGCAUUGCAAAUAUGUCUGGGUCUGGAGAAGUGCAACUUGUCAUGCGAAGUCUCGAUCGCAAAAAAAUUUGUGUUGCAUGAACGCCAAAAGUUGCCCACUUGUUUCUAAGCAAAAGGCGAAUUUCUCAUGCGGAGCAGGCAUCAAGAAAGUCGCGCAAAAUUUGUGAUGCUUCUGUGUGCAUUCCAGACCAUCUGCCUGGUCCGUGAGAUGCAUGACAAAUCUUGCAUUCUUCCAGACCCAGACACAUUUGCAAUGCAUACUGCACGAGGAGGCAUUCUUUCAGCCGACCGAGAAGCGGCCAUCCCCGGAGACUGCCCAGUUGCUCUACAAGCCCGGGGAGCCGGGACCCUCGCAAGCCAUCGCGGAUCUUCUCGGACACGGUCGCAAACGGAAGCAAUCCGGAGAAAUGGGUCUCACGCUGGCAAUCGCGGCCUGGCACGAGGUGUUUGCGCCACAACCAGUUGCGUCGCUGGCACUGGCGGAUGAUGACACGGAUGAGAAACGUAGUCGGCUCCGGGCACGUAGCUGUCGAAGGUCCCGGCAGCGAAGAAGCCGGACGCCUCCGGUCAGAAACAGAGGCGCCGACUGAACCACAAUGAUAAACACCCGAAGCCGUCGGAGUUGAAAUUAAUACGUAGAAAUACUUCGUUCCUCUGUUGAGUAGCUGAAAUAGGUUUUCUCCUAAUUUUAUUUCUACUCUGCCGAAUGCAAGAAAGAUCAGACAAAAGCAAAAGGAAAAGACAUACUGGCGGUCUUCCUCUUAUAUGAAUACAGAAACUUCCGAAGUAGAAGGAAGAUGAGAAGCGCGCAGCAUGCUGGACGACAGCCCAAUGUACAGUUUCUACGGAAACCUAGACUUUUCUGAACAUGAGCAGUUCAAUUUCAGGCUGUGUCUUACGUCACAGGAGAGCGAGGGUACGAACGGAUGUGAUGACGAGUGUGUGUGUGUGUGAGAUCAAGUUCAUGUGAGAUCAAUCUGAUAACUUCUCUACGCCGGUGAUGUGGUGUGUAGUGAAUGGAUUGAACGAAAG